AAGAUUGAUUUGAGUGUUGGGGAAUCAAAGGAGGGCAACGAUGAGUUUUGAUUUGUUUAUGCAUGUUGGUGGAUAUUGGUCAGCUGAGGACCAAUAUCUUGGAGGAGAGAGACAUAAAGUGGGUUUGGUAUCAGCUGAAUCAUUCAGCUUACGUAUGAUUCUGGUGCUUCUUUCGGAACUCCUCGAGUAUGAAGACAACAUGAAGAAAGUGUCUUGGUUUCCACUUGAAACGCCUGGUAAGAAAGAAGAUAUUGAUAACGAUGAAGUGUUGAAGAAAGCGGUUCAUUAUGCAGUUGGAGCUGGUGCAUUAACCUUAUUUAUUGUUCGGGAAGAUGAUCCUUAUAUAGGUAGGCACAUUGAUACUAAUGCGUUGAGGUAUUUGUCAGACGAUGAAGCAUUGGUUGAUGGUGAAGUUAGUGGUGGUAGUGGCUCUGAGUCAGAUGAUGAAGUUCAGUUUGAAGAUAUUGUUUACAGCGAUAGUGAUGAUGACAGUCCACAUGUUGAGGUAGAUGAGAGCAAGUAUCGAAAGUUUUGUAUUGGUGAUGAGUACAAUACAAUUGAUUCCUUUAAAAGAGCUGUUACGAGAUAUGCUGUGAAGAAGAGGAGGGACAUCAAAUAUGAGAAGUCAGAUGGCAAACGUGUAGUUGCUAUUUGCUCUGGAAAGAAAUGCCCUUGGAGGAUUUCAGCAACUAUCAACAGCAGUUCUAAUAGAGUAGUAAUCAGAUCGUUAAAUGAUGAGCAUAAUUGUACUUGGCAAGGGGUCGUGUCAUUGCUGACUAACUCUCGGAUUGCUGAUCUCUACAUAGAAGAAUUCAGACUAAAUCCAGAGUUCUCAGCAAAUCAAUUACAACAGAAGCUUCUUAGACGCAACAUCAAUGUGCCUUGGACAAUUUGUGAGAGGACACGGCUGAAAUGUCUUAAGACAUUUGAUGAAGAGCAAGAAGAGUCUUUUGCUAGGUUAUUCGAUUAUGUUGCUGAGCUGAAGAGAAGCAAUAUUGGAUCCACAGUUGAAUGUGAGGUAAGGGAAAGUAGGUUCCAUAGGUUUUAUGUGUGCUUUGCUGCUUUAAAAAAUGGGUGGAAGAGAGCAUGUCGAAAGAUCCUCCAUCUAGAUGGAACAUUUCUGAAGUGGAGAAUGACAGGAAUGUUAUUAGUUGCAUGUGGAAGAGAUCCCAAUGAUCAGAUGUUUCCUGUAGCUUGGGCGAUUGUGGAUUGUGAGAAUACGCCAAACUGGUUGUGGUUCCUUGAACAUUUGGUUGAUGACUUGGGUUUAGAGUUGGGAAAUGGACUAACACUAGGUAGUGAUCAGCAAAAAGGAUUGAUUGCAGCAGUGAAGGUGGUAUUGCCUUAUGCUGAACACAGGAUGUGUGCAAGGCAUGUUUAUGCCAACUGGAAGAAGAAGUAUGCUGGAGCAGAAUAUGAGGACAUGUUCUGGGCUGCUGCAGACUCUUACUAUCCACAACAAUUUGAUAGAAAGAUGCAAGAGCUGAAAGAGUAUGAUCCUGCUGCUUUUAAUGACUUGAAGAUUUCUCUUUUUUGUCCAUGGUCAAGGGCUUAUUUUACAGAGUUCUCAAAGUGUGCUGCUGUAGAAAACAAUCUUGGAGAGUCAUUCAAUGCAGCAAUCCGGAUAGCAAGAAGUAAACCGGUUGUUGAGAUGCUGGAAGAAAUAAGAAAAAGGGUUAUGGUGAGCAAUGAAAAGAAAAGAGCCGAGGCUGAGAAAACAAAAGGAGAGUACACUCCUAAGGCGAUAGCUUUACUAGACCAGCAGAUUGAUUUGGCAAAGAAUUGUAGACCUUUGAGCUGCGGAUUGGGGAAUUAUGAGGUUGGCUACUUUAACUACAAAACUAAUAUGCGAAUUGAAGGUUUUGUGGUGCAGAUGCGAGGUGAGAUCAAAUGCAGUUGUAGAAUGUAUAUGGUCAGUGGGAUCCCAUGUAGCCACAUUGUUUCUUGUCUUAGACAUGAGAAGAAUACUGACCAAGAUCCUAAGAAGAUGAUUUCUCCAUGGUUCACUGCUCAGAAGUUGCAGACUUGUUAUGCUGAUGGACUUUGUGGUGUGAAUGGAAUGAAUCUAUGGGAGGUGACUACAACAGUCAGGGUCUUGCCACCUCCUUACAAGAGGCCUGGUGGAAGACCUCCAGGGAAGAAGAGAAAGAGGGAGAAGGGUGAACCAAGGGAAGGAGGAACCAAGCUUUCUAAAAGAGGAACAAAAAUUGUAAGACUCUCUUAA